AUGUCCCUAAGAGUCGCGAUUCUGGAAUGCGGCGUCCCGUCGUCUGAUAUUUUGCGAAGUUGGUAUCCAGGAUAUGGUGCUAUGUUUGAAGAGCUGUUGUGCUCAGAGGAAAAGCCAGAUCUCCAGCUUGUGGUCACGAAAUGGCUGGUCGACCACGACGGAGCAACAUACCCCGAACUCGACGAUGUUGAUGUUAUCUUAAUAUCUGGAUCUAAGCAUUCGGCAUAUCUAGAUGUUUCAUGGAUCAAUCGCCUGGUGGAAUUUACAUCCCAGGCAUUGCGCAGCCCAGCAGUCCGUGUCGUGGGUAUCUGUUUUGGCCAUCAGAUCCUGGGUAGAGCGAUGGGUGCUCCAGUUGAGAAAAACAAACUUGGCUGGGAAGUCUCUGUCUGUGAGAUCGAUUUAAACGCGACAGGGAAACUUCUUUUCAAGAGGGAUAAGCUUUCUCUUCAAUUCUCUCAUCAAGAUAUUGUAUUGUCAUGCCCGGCUCACGUUCAGAACCUGGGAUCCUCGCCGAAAUGCGACAUUCAAGGCUUCUUUUGGCCUGGGAGACUGCUGUCUCUCCAGGGCCAUCCGGAAUUCAAUGAACGAAUCAUGCGGGAGACUCUCAAAAUGAAACAACAAACGUCGUCUCUCACAGAAGACGAGUUUCAAGACGCCAUGAUUCGUGUGGCUCAAAAACAUGACGGCCAUCUUGUCGGUCAGGUGCUAUUGAAGUUCAUGUUGGGGCAGGAAUAA